UUGUUCGGAAGAGGAGGGGAGGGGGCGUCAGAUUUGCAGACGGAAGAAAACAGUCCUCUCUGGAUUGGGUGGCGAGACCUCGACUUCCCUAAAAUUGCGUCAUUUCGAACCCAAUUGGGUCCAGAUGUUAUGAACACCGACGGGUUACCGUCUCGGAAACUCUCCAUCACGCAAGCAAAAGGCGAGGGGGCGGCUAAUUAAAUAUUGAGCAGAAAGUCGCGUGGGGAGAGUGUCACGUGGCUCUCCAGGCUCGUCACGCCAGUGAUAAAUACCGCGAAGCAGGAGCAGGGACUAGAGCGCACUCCGACCUGCUCCACUCCUGCACCGACUGAGGAGACCAGAGCGAGGAGCACCCAGCGGAGCACCCAGCGGAGCACCCUGCAAGUGCGCACCUGCCGAGCAUCCCCGCCGAGCUGAUCGCAAGCCUCCAGGCUUGAGGGUGAGGGUCAGGGAGUCUGGGACGCUGAGACUCAGGGAGAAGAGGAUUUCAGGCUCUUUGGGGCGUCAUCCUCCUUCCUACGGGAAAUCCAACAUGAAAAUCCUCGUGGCCCUGGCGGUCUUUUUUCUCGCUUCCACUCAACUGUUUGCAGAGGAAAUCGGUGUCAACGAUGAUCUGAAUUAUUGGUCCGACUGGUCCGACAGUGACCAGAUCAAGGAAGCGCUGCCAGAGCCCUUUGAGCAUCUUCUGCAGAGAAUCGCCCGGAGACCCAAGCCUCAGCAGUUCUUUGGAUUGAUGGGCAAACGGGAAGCUGAUUCCUCAAUUGAAAAACAAGUGGCCCUGUUAAAGGCUCUUUAUGGACAUGGCCAGAUCUCUCACAAAAGACAUAAAACAGAUUCCUUUGUUGGACUAAUGGGCAAAAGAGCUUUAAAUCCUGUGGCGUAUGAAAGAAGCGCAAUGCAGAACUACGACAGAAGACGUAAAUAAAUUCUGUAACACACUAACUAUAUUCAGCUUCAUUUGUGUCAAUGAGCGAAGAAAGGUAAAAUAAAACAUGCACUAUGAGGAAUAAUUAUUUAUUUAAUAACAA